AUGGGGAAAUUGAAGGAGAAAUUCGAGCACGAGAUAGACCAUCUAGAAAGUGCUUUGAAAGACUCUCAUUUACACGACGCCAAGGCAAAAGCUCACCACUUCAAACACAAAGUUGGAAAAUUCUUCAAUGUCGUCAACCCCAACCACCGCCAUGAUGAGGAGCAUGAGCGGGAAACAGACAAUAAGAGAACUGUGAUUGCCGAGUCACAUAGAUACAAGUCGUUUGCUCCGGUUAGAGAGGGCAACAGGGUCAAGUGGUAUGUCGACGCGCUGGACUACCUCUGGGCUGUCUCAGUCGCUUUGGAGGAGGCGAAGGAGGUGAUCUAUAUCGAGGACUGGUGGCUCUCUCCGGAGCUGUUUCUUCGUAGACCUCCAUAUUUGACGCAAGAAUGGAGGCUCGAUCAAGUGCUCAAGCGCCGCGCUGAAGCGGGCGUUAAGAUCUAUGUGAUUGUUUACAAGGAGGUCAAUCAAGCACUGACGUGCAACUCAGCGCAUACGAAACACGCGCUCCGCAGUCUCUGCCCUGAGGGAACUCCUGGUCACGGAAACAUCAAAGUUCUACGGCAUCCGGAUCACAAUAUUUUUGAAAAUGCGGCAGAUAUGACAUUGUACUGGGCACAUCAUGAAAAAUUUAUUGUCAUUGACUACGCCGUCGCCUUCAUUGGUGGUAUCGAUUUAUGUUUUGGUAGAUGGGAUGCUCACCAACAUCCCCUGGCGGACGUUCAUCCGGCGAACUUGAAGGACGAAAUAUUCCCAGGUCAGGAUUGGAACAACAACCGUAUUAUGGAUUUCCAGAGCGUUGCAGAUUGGCAGUCAAAUGAAGUAAGCAAAGCAGACUAUGGUCGAAUGCCAUGGCAUGAUGUAGCAAUGGGCUUGGUUGGAGAUUGCGUCUAUGAUAUCGCCGAGCAUUUUGUUCUUCGAUGGAACUUUGUCAAGCGAGAUAAGUACAAGCGUGAUCAUGGCGUCGACUGGCUUCUGCUGGAGGGCCGCACCGGCGAUGACGAAGAUCUUGUCGGGGUACAACGCCCGAAGUAUCCUUGUGGACACUAUAUUCGACAUCCUCUCAAUCCGCUAGACACCAAGCCCCGAGGAAUGCAAGGCACUGUGCGGGGGCAGAUUAUUCGCAGCAGUGGUGAUUGGAGCAGUGGAAUCCUGACUGAGCAGAGUAUUCAAAGUGCUUAUUGCGAGAUUAUUCGUAACGCUCAACAUUUGGUAUAUAUCGAAAACCAGUUUUUCAUUACUGCCACUGGAGACCAGCAAAAGCCCAUCAUCAAUACCAUUGGUCGUGCAAUUGUCGACGCCUGCGUUCGAGCUGGCAAAGAGGGUCGGAAGUUCCGAGUGAUCAUUGUGAUUCCCGCUAUUCCAGGAUUUGCUGGGGACCUGAGACAAAGUGCAGCAACUGGCACACGUGCGAUCAUGGAUUAUCAAUACAAAUCUAUUCUGCGCGGGGAACACUCGAUUUUCGGUCAGAUCUCUGCUCAAGGAGUUGAUCCAAGAGAGCAUGUGUUCCUUUUUAAUCUGCGCGCUUAUGACCGUAUCAACAAGACUCCGGCUCUAGAAGAAUUGGAGAAUGAAGCAGGAGUAACGUAUCAUGACAUCCAGCGUGGCAUAGCUGAGUCUAUCAUGAGCGACAGCGUUCACCCGGUGGUUGGCGAAGAAGGCGACAAACACGAAGUCAAUUACGACGACGCAGAGCGAGAGAAGGAAGAAAGGCUUGCAAGGUUGCGCAGAUACGAGGAGAAGCAGGAAGGGCGCAGAAGUGAGCAAUAUCGAAGCAAGGACUCUGUCGCGCAUACAACGAUGCUCAAUGGCGACAAGAUGUCUGAGGAGCCCUGGGAAGGAGAUCCGGAGAGUGAAAAGGCAAAUUUUGUCCAGGAAGAGCUCUAUGUGCAUGGUAAAGUGUGCAUUGUAGACGACAGGAUUGCCAUCUGCGGCAGCGCGAACAUCAACGACCGGUCACAACUCGGUUACCAUGAUAGCGAGCUGGCCAUUGUUGUCGAGGAUCAAGACUUCAUCGAUAGCACGAUGGACGGAAAGCCAUAUAGAGCCUCGCGCCUUGCCGCUACUUUGCGGCGGCAGCUGUGGCGGGAGCAUUUAGGCCUUCUUCCAGCACAAGACUACGACGCCUCCAAGCAUCCUAACGCGCAGCCACCUAACGUGUGUCUAAAUGAGAUUCUUGAGGGCCCGGAGAACGACUUUGUCACAGAUCCCUUGAACGAUGACUUGUGGAAGACCUGGACAGAGCAAGCCACAACGAACACGGAAGUAUAUCGGAUGCUCUUCCGCACGGAUCCAGAUGACAACAUCCGCACCUUUGAGGACUAUGAUAAUUUCAGACCGCAAGGCGGUAUUAAAGAGGGUCACCUGUUCGAUCCGUACCAGCCCGUCAAGGAUGUCCGAGAGAAACUGGACAAGAUUAAGGGCCAUCUUGUCUGGAUGCCCCUCGAUUUCCUGAAAGACGCCGAGAUGGCAGAACCUGGUCUGGCUGUUAACCAAAUCACUGAGGCAACGGAGUACUUCAUUGCAAUCAUGAUUUUGAAACCAUUUGAUGACUAUUCAAGCGAGCAGGAUAGGGGCUGUCAAGUUGUACAUUCGUCCAUGUUAGCAUUGUAG